CAAAUUUUAAUCUGCAGCAACGCAGCUAUAUCGAUUUCCGCAACUUCCCUGGUGGUCCGGGCGUAUAUGCCCUGUCUCAAUAUUCAACGUGGCGCGGGAUGAUGUCUACUGUCGCCUACACCAUAUCCAACUGGUUCGCAGAUGGUCUUUUGAUGUACCGAUGCUAUGUCAUCUACAACAUGCAAAAGUGGGUCCUCGUCAUGCCCGGGAUCAUGUUCGGUGGUUCUAUCUCGACGGGAGUACUCACACUAUACAAGUCCUCUCGCCCCGGCUCGAACCUCUGGGCAGGCAUCGCCGUCAACUUCGCUCUACCCUACUUCGUCCUCUCCGUGGCACUUAACAUCAUGUUGACCCUCAUCAUCUCAUUCCGUCUCCUCUGGCACAGUCAUAAAUACAACCUAUCCGCAUCGUCCAAUGGGGUCUAUAAGAGGAUCGUGUCGAUGCUUGUGGAGAGCUGUGCACUGUAUUCCUUGUUUUCUAUUCUGUUUAUUGGGACCUACGCUGCGGGGAACUAUGAGUCGGAUUUGUUCUUGCCGAUUUUAUCUCAAGUCCAGAUCAUAGCUCCCUUCCUCAUCAUCAUCCGCGUAGCCACUCGAAGAUCCGUAACAGACUACGUACAAGGCAGUGGCGGCUCGGGAUCAGGCUACAGAGGCGGAAACAUCGUGACUGGUGAAAUACAAUUCCGAACGACUCAGCUUUCGAGUUUCCACACGCGAUCUCAUGCCAGUGGACAUACCACAGCUCCGAGCUUCAACAACCAGAUUGCUAUGAAUGACUUGAGGGAUGAUAUUUUUGAUGAUAAGGGUAGGAAGAUGCAUAGUGCUGGUGUUGUGUGAUAGUGCCAGUAGCCCUCCAAAUAACCGUUCCGAGUCCGUUUUGUGUACGAUAUACGAUGUACGACCUUGGUGCUUUGCUGGCUCCGUGUACUAUGUAUUUAUUGGAUAAAAUACGUUCCACAUCCCGAU